ACGUUUUCUAUAUUUUGCAGUUGCGGAACCAAUCAUGAAAAACCCCUUAGUGAUGGCAUUAUAUCAUGUUUUUCUCCGUGAACACAAUAGACUUGUCGAGACACUUACCCCAGCUUGCGGCAGCACAGGUUGCCGAAAUGAAGCAAGGACGUUGUUGAUUGCCAUGUUCCAGCAUAUUGUAUGUAACGAAUAUUUACCACUGUUGCUCGGCUCCUCAGCUAGAUGUUUGAAUACAAGUAAUUAUACUUACGAUAACACAAGUUCGCCUAUGGUUUCUAAUGCUUUCGCCGUUGCCUACAAAUUAGUUGGGGCUUCGAUGUUGAGAGAUACUGUAACUAUCGGUGGAAAUUUAAAUGUUUCUGUGAAAACUAUACUGAACGACUCAACGCAAGUAGACUCAGAUCUCGAGAUGACGAACAUUGUUAAUGGAAUGCUGACAGACUACAGUCUUAAAAUCGGAAGAGAAAUACCCUGUUCUUUUCGAGACGACUGCCAAUACUCCGAUAUAGUGUCAGUCUUAAUCCAAGACACGCGUUAUUUUGGAAUACCACCGUACUUCGUUUGGCUGGCGCUCACAGUUAAUUCAACUGAUAUGCCUUCAACGAUUGAUAAUUUGCCCUACCAGACACCUGCGAAUCUAAUAGCCACAGAUUCAUCUUAUCAAAACCUCUACGACAUUGAUUUCUUAACUGGGGCUUUAUCGGAGAACGUAGUUCCUGGUGCGAUGGUUGGACCAACAUUAAAAAGAUUAUUCGAAGAUACUUUUAAUUCAUUGCAAAGAGGUGACAGACUUUAUUUUGAUAACGCCGGUGUAUUCACAGAUGACCAACUAAAUGUGAUCAGAAAUGUGACUAUGGCUCAACUAUUGUGUCGUAACGUAGAGGGUUUAACUGAAGUAAAAGAAAAUGCUUUUGUACAUAAUUCGCCGCUGGUCCAGUGUUCUUCUUUUCCAGAUAUAGAUUUUUGCAGAUACUGUAAUUCUUCAACGGGAUGGACCGCUUUUGUAACUGUUCCAAACCCUUGUUUUCAAUUUCAAUUAAAGUACCGUUUUUGUCAGUCAACCAAUCCAGUUGCAUGCCCUUGCCUAGGAAGUCCAUUUGAAAUAACACCCUGUCCGUCUGCUAUUGUGGACUCGGUUAUGUAUCUGCAGUCUCGUGUACUCGAAUCGAUAAUGGCUAAUGACACGCAAUCCAAAGACUAUCAUGCCAUACGUGAUGAAACAAAUAUGAUCAAAAGAAUGUUGGAACUGUACGAGGAACACUUCACGAAAAGUAUAUGAGAAAGUGAAGAGGAGCAGUGACAGAAAUAGCAGAAUAACAACAGUAGUAGUGUCGACAGUACAAGAGUAAAAGAAAUAGAAGUAGUUAUUGUAUACAAACUGUAUAUAAUGUUGAUUUGUAGAAUAUUGAAUAGA